CGUCACAUCACCCCUCCACCUGCCGCUCCUGCCGCUCCAACGAAAGCAGUGAUAUUUGAAAUCACUCAAUUGGGUCGACUAUUGUCGUCGCUGGUCGAACGGAUUCCUAAUUACGGCAUACCAAUCCAGCGGUCGUUGCCUCGCCAUACCCGACAGGGAUCCUCACCCGCCACCGCCUGUCCCUUAUCAUCCACGUUGAAAACUAGGGGUUUCUGAAUUGCAACAGACCCUCCGCACAUUCACAAUGUCCGCUCGUCCGUUGUCGCAUUGCCUCCGCGCUCGCUGUGUCCCCCGCCGGGCCCAGAACAUCCAGGGCUUCUCGACCCGCAGCAACCUCCGCGGUGACCACUAUGACCCUCCUACCGGCUACCUGUUUGGCCUCAAGCCCGGCCAGAAGUACGUGAAGGAGGGCUGGGAGAACAUGUGGUACUAUGGAUUCAUCGGCAGUCUUCUCGUUGCCGGUGUCGCAUACGUCUUCAAGCCAGACACUUCGUAUGUUCAAUCCCUCUCCCUCGUGUGACAGCUGAAGUGGAUUGUCUUAAGAUCUUUCUGCGCGUCACGACAAUGCCUUUCACUGUAUUAGCAGAGUCGAGGAUUAGAUGCUGACAUGACGACAGGAUACAAACAUGGGCUCUGGAAGAGGCUCGCCGGCGGCUGGAGGCCGAAGGCAUUCUGGAGGACCCUGACAAGGUCCAGCGCAAGUAAGGUGCUUUGGUCCGGAAAUAUCUUGUAC